AUGUCCGUCUCAGAGAAGAGCAGCCCCGAACGGCGCACCUUGGAUCAAAAGAUGGGCCAGCUCUCAGCCGUCAUGAUGCCUCUUAUCGAAAUUGGGGCAAUGGGAUUCGCGACCUACGUCUUUCUCUAUUCUUUGUGCAUCGACUACCUUCUUUCGCCAUCGCCUGAUUACCGGUCACGUGGGAUAUCUCCGAGAAGAGGCACUGCGAUCGCCCUCAUGUCCAUCUAUUGUCUUCUUGUCUUGAUAGUACUCCUCACAUGGCUACGAAUGUUACAGGUCAUUUGGACGAACCCUGGUAUUAUCCCAUUAGGACACCCAGAUUCAGAGAAGCAAGACGUGAGCUGGAUGGGAAUGGAAAAAUAUGACGCCUUUAUCUCUGACUACGAGGGUAAUCCGCAGUGGUGUGAUAAAUGCCACAAUUGGAAGCCCGAUCGCGCACAUCACUGCCGCGAGUUGAACCGAUGCGUGCGUCGCAUGGACCAUUACUGCCCCUGGGCUGGAGGAAUCAUCUCGGAGGGAACGCACAAAUUCUUCAUUCAAUUCCUCUUUUAUGGUGCGCUAUAUACAACGUUCUCCUGGAUUCCGAUCGCAAUAUUUCUAGCCGAGCGAAUUCGAGUGAUGGGAAGUAAACCUGGGGUUUGGAUUGCGAUGCUGCCUCUCUGUGGGAUCUUUAUGAUCUUCGCAGUCACAAUGUUCUUCAUGACCUUUUGGAACCAGUCAAUCAACUACACGACCAUCGAGACUCUACAGCGAGGUGGGGUACAUAACAUUGCCAUGUUGGCAACUCGAAGAGAUCCGAAUACACAGAGCCCACGCAGGAAUUCACUGAGCCACAACAGUAGAGAGAAGCCCAACGUUUUGAGGGAGGUCAUACGCAGCGACGGACGUGAAUACGUCGUCUUCCAGACACAGCCUUUUGUCAAUCCUUGGGAUCUCGGCAGCAUGGAGAAUCUGCGUACCAUCAUGGGCAACAGCAUCCUGCAGUGGUUUCUACCUUUCCAGAUGAGUCCAUGCAUCAAUCACGAUGAUGUCAAAGGCCAAUAUGGGUGGAGCAGGGAAGUGUUAGACAUGGCGAGGGAUUGGGAACGGGAUCAUCCGGAUCGACGUAUCACGCUCUUGAGCAACACAAGACGGGGUAGGAGAAGGAGCUCAUAA